AUGAAAAAGAAACACUUAAGAGAGUGCCCGGGAAGGAGGGAAACACAUGACAUGAUUGUAGUAUAUGUAUGCGACGACUAAUCUCUUUAACGCGAACAAUCGUCUCAUUCAUUUUCAUUUUCCAUUCCCCAUUCUUCUUUUUUAUUUCUCUCUCUCUGUUUUGUUCCUUCGAGAUUAUUUCUAAAAAAAAAAAAAAACAAUGGGUUCAGCCACACAACUGAAUACAAACGGUUAUAACAAUAAUAUUUCACACGAUUCUGGCCAUGCUCGUCUUAACGAACUCGGUUACAAACAAGAGCUUAAGCGUGACCUUUCGGUCCUUUCAAAUUUUGCGUUUUCAUUUUCAAUAAUAUCAGUUCUGACUGGAGUAACCACACUUUACAACACUGGUUUGACCUAUGGAGGUCCUGUUUCAGUUGUAUAUGGAUGGAUAGUAGCUUCUUUUUUUACCAUGUUUGUUGCACUUUCAAUGGCUGAAAUUUGUUCAUCAUAUCCAACUUCGGGUGGUCUUUACUAUUGGAGUGCUAAGCUUGCUGGUCCUAAUUGGGCACCCUUUGCAUCCUGGAUUACUGGCUGGUUCAACAUAGUUGACCAGUGGGCAGUGACAACAAGUGUAGACUUUUCACUUGCACAGCUCAUUCAGGUUAUCAUUCUUCUUAGUACUGGUGGAAAAAAUGGUGGUGGUUAUGCAGGAUCUAAAUAUGUAACUAUUGCUUUUCAUGGUGGACUUUUGUUUGUACAUGGUAUAAUAAACAGCCUUCCAAUCUCAUUGUUAUCAUUCUUAGGACAAUUGGCUGCUUUCUGGAAUGUUCUAGGUGUUUGUGUGCUUAUGAUUAUCAUUCCAUCUGUUGCAACGGAAAGAGCUAGUGCCAAGUUUGUUUUCACUCAUUUCUAUAGUGAUAAUGGGGAAGGAAUCAAUAGUAAACCCUAUAUAUUUCUCGUGGGACUUCUAAUGAGCCAGUACACCCUAUCAGCAUAUGAUGCAUCAGCACAUAUGACAGAGGAAACCAAAAAUGCUGAUAUAAAUGGACCAAAAGGAAUAAUCAGUGCUGUUGGGAUAUCUAUCAUUGUUGGAUGGGGUUACAUUCUAGGAAUUACCUUUGCUGUUACUGACAUCCCUUACCUUUUGAAUGAAAAUAAUGAGGCUGGUGGAUAUGCCAUUGCAGAAGUAUUUUAUCUUGCAUUUAAGAGAAGAUAUGGCCAUGGAAUUGGUGGCAUUAUUUGCUUGGGAAUUGUGGCUGUUGCAAUAUUUUUCUGUGGUAUGAGUUCAAUUACCAGCAAUUCAAGGAUGGCUUAUGCUUUUUCAAGAGAUGGGGCCAUGCCAUUGUCAUCAUUGUGGCAUCAAGUUAACAAGCAGGAGGUCCCCAUAUAUGCUGUGUGGCUUUCUGUUUUUAUAUCAUUUUGCAUGGCACUAACGUCUCUUGGAAGCAUAGUGGCAUUUGAGGCUAUGGUGUCCAUAGCAACCAUUGGACUAUAUAUUGCCUAUGCAUUCCCUAUCUUCUUUAGGGUGACCUUGGCACGAAAGUAUUUUGUUGCAGGGCCUUUUAAUUUGGGUCGUUACGGAGUUAUUGUUGGUUGGAUUGCAGUUCUUUGGGUGAUGACUAUUUCUAUAUUAUUCUCAUUACCUGUUUCUUAUCCAAUAACCAUUGAGACACUUAACUAUACACCUGUUGCUGUUGGAUUAUUGCUUCUUCUUGUAAUUUCUUAUUGGAUAAUCAAUGGUAGACAUUGGUUUAAAGGCCCUAUCACUAAUAUACAAAAUUGAACUUGUGUGCAUAUUUAGUGAGUUGAACUUUAGUCAUUGUUGGAGAGUCAUUUUUCUUAUCAAUGUAAUAUACACGUCGUAAUAAUGUAUAAAUUAGGGAUGUGGAUAAUGCAACAUCAAGGCCCCCAUUUUGUUUUCCCUCAUUACUAUUGCAUUUAUUAUUGACUAGA